CGCACAUAACAAUAUUCUCUCAACUCACCAAUCAGUUUUUGGACUUCCGCUGUCUCAUACUCCAACCUUUUCUUCUCUCUCUCCAUCAACUCUCAACCUCUUUAUAAACCUCUUCCCAUACCAUUCAUUCUCCCUCACCACACUACUCCCAUCCUUCCUUCCUUUUAUUACUAUUUCUUUUCACUCAAUAAUAAUAUACACAAACUCAAAUAUUAUAUUCUGUUCUUUUUCUCUCAAACAACCAUGGAGAUGGAUAUGGACAUGGAUGCUAUCCACCACCUCGACUUCUCCGGACACAGCAGUACCCUCACUAACACCCCUACUUCCGACGAUGGUUAUGGUUGCAACUGGAACCACUGGUCCCCCAUCGUCAACUGGGACACCUUUACUGGUGCCCCGGAUGACUUUCACCACCUCAUGGAUACCAUCAUCGACGACAGAACCACCGUCCUUGACCAGCUCAGUCCAACCACAACUACGACCACAACCACAACCACCGAGGAGGAAGAAGAAACAGAAACAACUACCACCACCACAACAACAGAAACAGUUGGCGUUGGCGAUGGCGAUGAUUUGAAGGGGCUAAAACUAGUGCACCUAUUAAUGGCUGGAGCGGAAGCCUUAACAGGCUCCACCAAGAGCCGCGACUUAGCUCGAGUGAUAUUGGUUCGGCUCAAGGAGUUGGUUUCACAACACGCCAACGGCUCCAACAUGGAAAGACUCGCCGCUUAUUUCACCGAAGCUCUUCAGGGCCUACUAGAAGGCGCUGGGGGUGCGCACAGCAACAACAACAAACAUUACCUCACCGCUAACGGGCCCCACGACAACCAAAACGACACACUCGCUGCUUUCCAACUACUUCAAGACAUGUCUCCUUAUGUCAAGUUCGGCCACUUCACCGCCAAUCAGGCCAUACUCGAAUCCGUGGCCCACGAACGCCGAGUCCAUGUCAUUGACUACGACAUCAUGGAAGGGGUCCAAUGGGCUUCACUAAUCCAAGCCCUAGCUUCCAGCAACAACAGCCCGCAUCUCCGGAUCACGGCAUUAUCGCGAACCGGAACCGGACGGAGAUCAAUCGCCACCGUACAAGAAACCGGCCGCCGUUUAACCUCUUUUGCCGCUUCCCUCGGCCAGCCGUUUUCUUUUCACCACUGCAGGUUAGACUCCGACGAAACUUUCCGUCCUUCUUCUUUGAAGCUUGUUCGAGGAGAGGCUUUGGUUUUCAACUGCAUGCUGAAUCUGCCUCAUCUUAGUUACCGUGCACCUGAUUCGGUUGCUUCGUUUUUAAACGGAGCAAAAGCUUUAAACCCGAAGCUUGUGACGUUGGUGGAAGAGGAAAAUGGAUCUGUUGUUGGUGGAUUCGUGGAGCGGUUCAUGGACUCGCUUCACCAUUACUCAGCGGUGUUUGAUUCGUUAGAGGCUGGGUUUCCUAUGCAGAAUCGGGCCAGGGCUUUGGUGGAGCGAGUAUUUUUCGGGCCCCGAAUAGCGGGCUCGUUGGGCCGGAUAUAUAGAACAGGUGGAGACGGAGAGGAGGAGAGAAGGUCGUGGGGGGAGUGGUUAGGUGCGGCGGGGUUUAGAGGAGUUCCGGUAAGCUUUGCAAAUCACUGCCAAGCGAAGCUGUUAUUGGGUCUUUUCAAUGACGGGUAUAGGGUCGAAGAGGUGGGUUUGGGUAGUAAUAAGUUGGUGUUGGAUUGGAAAUCAAGGCGUUUGCUUUCUGCUUCCGUUUGGACUUGUUCUUCGGAUUCUGAUUUAUAGGUUGCUGGUGAUUAGUGCUAAUCUAUUAGCUAAAGAGUUGAUUAUUCAUGGAUGUGUCUUUCUAAUUUCUUUGAUUUACUACUGACCCUCAAAAAACGGAAACAAUAUAGGAUUAGAAUGUGUCAUGUUAGUUUCCAUUUAUGGUAGUUUUUGAUCGUUGAAGGAUCUAAAAUUUUGUUGACAAUUCUGUGACCUAUGUUCCAUUGUGCGAGCGCCUUGGUUUGUAAAAAUUACUAUAUAUGAAUUUUAAUUUCUUA